GGUGGGCAGAGCUAGUGUAAACAGUGUUGGGCUAUUUGCACUUAGUGUCAACAUUUUUUCUUCCCCUCGCUUGGGCCCGUGCCCAUAAUGCCCAUUGGAUAAUCCGGCCCAGCUCUGAUGUUAUUCUGAAUUCAUCAGCUCUGAGAUCUUCAAGCUCUACAGAACUUCUACAGAUUCAUUCUGUCGUUGUGAAGAAACAUCUUGAAGAAUGAGAAGCCUGAUGUGUGUGCUGUUCCUGGUGCUCUUCUGCUCUGUGCCGAUGACUUCAAGUGCUCCCCAUCCAAUUUUUGCAGAAUCAUACUGCUGUUUAAUGCUCAAUAAUAGGAUGAUUCCUCUAAAGCAAGUGGUCUCUUACUCCUGGACCAGCAGCAACUGUGCCAAACGCGCUAUUGUGUUUAAGACAGUUGCAGGGAGAGAGAUCUGUGUAGAUCCAGAGAUGACCUGGGUGAGCCACCUUGUUGAUAAAGUGGACAAAAGCACAAUCUGUUGAGGUCGGAUUCUAGACAUUUAGAGGCCCUAUAGGCAAAAUUCAUGUUGGACGCCCCCAC